GUCAACGUCAACACCAACGUCCCCCUAGCAAUAGCACUUGCAUAUUUGUUAUUCCCAUUAGAUUGAUUUCGUAUUUUCAUCAUACUUUCUCAAACGCGAAUCUGCAACGUCUACACAGAUUAGAAGUCUUCGCCAACACGCUCCCAACGCCUUAUAUUCGACGAUGUUGACUUCUAAUUAUGUUUUCCACGAACCAACGCCAGCAGUUGUCGAUAUCGACGACAGUGGUGAUUUCGAUUUUGUCUUCAUCGAACGAGAUUUAGAAGGCAGAAUCACCGAUGACGAAGACGACGGUGACUCCUAUGACUACUGCGAAGACGUUUGUUCUAUACUUUCUAACACUUACAACGAACAAGAAAGCAACGACAAUGCCUCGUUGUUGUCUAAUGACUCCUCAUCUCCUACGACGGACUUGAAGGAGUCGGUUCUUACUGUCCCUUCUGCCCUUAUGAAGGAUCUCGAUGAGGCGCACGAGGCUGCAAAAUUGAUUCGUAUUACAGAUCCCGAGGAGAGUAGCGUUGUGGGUGCAAUGCCCGUCGGAGAGGAAAAAGAAUCUAACGAAUCCGUUUCCUCCGACGAACUAAUUACCCCAACUGACAUCGCCACCCAGGAUUCUCCGCAGGAAUUAUUUACGGAAUCAUUAGAGAAAACUCCCAACCCCGCAGCUUACAACCCGACUGCCGUUAGCACUACGGGCAGAACAAUCAUAUUCUUAACCGCGUUGCCGAAAGAGUUUGAUCCAUCGGCGAAGCAAACAGGAUCUGGUUUACUAUUUUCAAAACAGGAAGAUGAGUAUUCGACGAAGGACAGCAACAAAAACAAGCAUGUCUCCAAUUCUGUCUCCAUCAGUCGAACUUCAAACAAAAAACGACGAAAGAAGCUGAAAAUGUUGAAGAAGGCACAAGCAGCAAGCGCCGCAGCUGAGCGGAUGAAGCAGCAGAUCAGCAGUUCUUCUUCUUCUACGGGAAAGGUUUCCAACAAGUACACGAAGCGUGCAGGCACAGCCUCAAGCAACAAAAAACAGCUCAGUACAACAUCGUCGCGAGUUGGAUCAAAAAAAGCCACCAACAUUGCUGUAUCUUGCGCGAUGGAAACGAUGGCCAACUAUAGAGACGAACUGUCUCGCCAGCAAGGAAAACAAGGUGCACCACAGGUGUUUGGCUCCUGAAAUAGUUGUGCCAGCGCAAGAGGAACGAGAAACAUAUUCUCGAUCUCUACUUCUUGCCUUGCGUAAAAGUGGUAUCUGUAUUGGUGCUGCUUCUGGCUGUUUCAUCUCAUACAUGAAUCCUCUAAAUCACGAGACAACGUUUAAAGGACUGGAAUCGCUUUUGCUGCUAAUGACGGCAAACGGUACAAAACARCGAAAGCAACAAGAGCGAUAACACCAAUCACAGCUCCUGUUUAUCCCUAUUCUGUCUACAGCGAAAAUUGAUGUUUCAAUCAAUGCGACAGAAUUCAAUUUCAUUUGAGAGGCAAAUCAGAUCAAAAACAAAAGAAAAAGAAGAAAAAAUAGAAAACCCAGAAAAAUAUGUCAAGACAACAAAACAAAAAAAACCUUUCUUGUCGGUGAAACAAGAGAGGGAAAAAAAUUUAUGGAAUGGAUGACAGCAUCAUGUAACAAAAACUGCUUUCGUUUCUGCUGAAUACUGUAACGAACAGCAUCAAUAAAAUUAUUCAAAUAUAGAAUUACAUCAGUU